AUACCAUAGUGAAGAAAUUUUUGAAGAAUACAUUGUCUCUAAAUUUGUUCAAAAUUUCACCAUGAACUUUCCGGACAAUCAAAUGUUAGAUCCUUCUUGCACAUGUACAUUAGUAUCUGCAUCGAUCUCGUCAUUCGAUCAUGUCAUUUGCAAAGACAAUGAGCAGAGGUAGGAUAACAGAGAUUCGAAAUUUUCAGACAGCAGAAACUGGUUCGGCUUCAAGAAGAAUCGAGUCGCUUUUCACCGCAUGGAAACCAAUAACAAAAAUAGAAAACACAACGGGAUUAUCGAAGAAGAUGAAUAAAAAUUCUUCAAAGAGAAUCAGUUCCAUAACAUCACCAUUACGCGAUAGCAAAAUAAAUAAACAUAAUACUAUCAAUACAUUUACUAAGCCCGCGAAUAACGCUUCUAUUAACAUUUUAAACGCCACGGAACUCAAAUCUGAUUCAAAUUCAAAUCUUCUUGUCGAAGACAAAGUUGCUCGAAGUAUAAAAUUUAAUAAAACCACGAGUAAAAAUAAAGUUGAAAUAUUUGAGACGUUAAAUAAUCAUCGAGAAUGGGACACGAUCGAACGUGUUAAGCGUUCCUUGGACAAAAAAUCCAAUUACGUAGGCUUCAGAGAACAAGUUCCCUCUUCGAAGAGAUUCUAUCGUCAUCCAGGCCUAAGUUACGAGGAGCAACAAAAUCAACUUGACCACACGGUCCAAACGAGAAAUAUAAAUCAAAAUCUCGGAAGUACGAUGAAUAAACUACUUGACACGUUCGAGUCAUCGCAACCAGAGACUACUAUCGAAUACCCAUCGAAAGAACCAAGCAAACAUAGUUACGUCCCAAUUUUUCCUAGUUGCGACGAUACUGAAAAUUUCGAAUCGAACGAUUCAGACAAUAGUACAAAAAAGAACGUAAGAAAUCGUAGCAACGAUAAAGUAGAUUUUGCAGAGACACAAGAGGCCAAAGGUUUAAAAACUGAUAGAAAUGUGUUAAACGAAACGUUUCAGGAUACGAAUAAAUUACAGAGCUCGGUUAGACAGCAGAGAAAGGACAAUAGUUACAUCGACAUACGGGAUCACCAGAAAAGUGUCGAAAAUGUAACAUCUUCUGCUAUUGCUGAGUAUAAUCCAAACAAAAUUCCGUACGUCGAGGUGCCGGAUUAUUCUGAUAUCAGAGAGGAAAGUUUAGACGAGAGAGAUCGUAAAGAGAACGAAACGAGAACUGACUUUGUCGAUCCAGAAGUAUUCGCUGAUCUUAAAGAAUCUGCUAAAUCACCGAACGAUUCGUCCGAGGGAAGUGUAAAAGACAAAUCUAGAAAAAAUUCAAGGGAAAAUUUAAGUAAAGAAAGGGAGUCAGAUUUGACGAAUUUGGACAAAUUUUCCGACACUGACGAACCCGAUACGGAUAAAAGCAAGGAAAGCAAUUCAAAUUUUACGAACUCGGACAAGUCUUCGAAAACUGAUAAACAAGAUACAAAUAACGGAAAUAAAUCGUUGGAGGAUUUAGGGCUUAGACAGAAUUCAGAUAUCAAGGAUAAUACGAAACCAAAAACAUUGAUAGGCUCCAAAGAGUCCUCUGAACUUUCAAAGAACGACGAACUUGAGGAGAACGAUAAAAAGAAUCUAUUUAAAGAUUUAAAGGAUGAUUUAAACAACGCCAACCUUAAGAAACUGGAAUGGAAAGAAAAUGCGAGGGAAAGGAAUGGCGAGCCACAGGAAGAUUCUGAGGAAACAGGGCAAGGGGAUUCUGAAAGUAAAUCGGGGCCCAUAAUUUUCGACAUAAACGAAUACAGGAAGCCAUUCGAUCUAGACGAAUUUCUUAAGGACGAUCCGAUAAUGAAAAAGUUGAAUCUGCUCGAAAAGGAGACGCGGACCAAGUACGGACAGAACGGGAAACGAGUUUCAACCGACUUUAACGAAUCCGAAAGUGAUAAUACGUUCAGGGAACGAGCGAAUGGCCGAGGGAAUUCAAAGGAGGUUCGAGACACUUUCGAUGAUUUACCAAGAUCGUAUAAAUCCAGUGACUUCGCUGAUAUGUUCGCAAAAAUCGACGAAGGAAACCAAAACGAAGGGAAUAAAGGGAAGAAAGGAAUGGAAAGUGAUAAUCAGGAAAGUGAAGAGUUUAAUGAAGAGAAUAGCGACGAUGAUUUUUUGAAAAUUUUCAAGAAGGACAAGGAGGAUUUCUCGUCUAAAUUUGAGAAAGAAGAACAUCAAGAUAACGAAAGCGAAGCGAAGGAAAAGGCGAAGAAUGAUAAUGUGAAAGGUAAAGAUUCCGUAGAAGAGAACAGUAACGAAGAUUCCCUAAUAAUUUUCAAACAGAACAAGAUAUAUCCUUUAACAAAAUUUGAAAACGAAAAAGUAUUUCCGUCUGGAUAUUUAAAGAACGAGGAGAACAAUAGAAACGUCGUAGAUCGUAGAAGGAAGAAUAACAAGUAUCAAGAAGACACGCACGACGCAUUGUCGACGAUCUUGAGCAAGAAAAGCCAGGUUUCGCGACUGGACGAGGACAUCGAUGGAAGGAUCGAAGACGGGGACGCUUACAAAAACUUCUGGUCCUUAGAAUAUAAAUCUCCGCGGUCGAGAGUCGACAUGGAGGCGCAAGAAAGGAGGAAAUAGCGGGAUAGCGAUUGAAAUCUUGGCGAGACGUCUCGCGUCUUCUGACAUUUUGACGUGCAACACGGAUGAAGAUGUUACGGUAGACCGAUCUUGAAAGCUAGUCUAUGAAUCUUAUAUCAAACACUUUAAAACAUUGUUGUUAUAUCUGUUAAAUGUUUCCAAUGUUUCAAAAUAAAUUAAAGUAAGAACGUGAAUAAAG